AUGUCGGAAAAAAGACCAGCAUCUGAUGAGCCUGCGGGCCAGAUGAUCGUCAAGCGUCAAAAUGUUGGGUCGUCAACAGGAGCGCUGGCGAGGCUCAAUGGCUCUGGAAGUAGCGCAUUGAUCCAAACCGCACCGCGAACAAGCGGCCUUCAGGCUCCCGUCAUGGAGCUCACUGGCCACUCCGGCGAGAUCUUUGCCGCCAAGUUCGAUCCCACAGGCAACUUCAUUGCCUCAGGAUCCAUGGACAGAAGCAUUUUGCUCUGGCGGACUUACGGCGACUGCGAAAACUACGGCAUCCUCAACGGCCACCGCGGCGCCAUUCUUGAUCUCCAGUGGUCUAGGGACUCGAAAAUAGUAUAUUCUGCGUCAGCAGACACGCAUCUGGCAAGCUGGGACCUGGAAAACGGCACCAGGAUACGAAGAUACGUCGGCCACGAAGAAAUCGUCAACACGGUGGAUAUCAGCAAGAGAGGCGAGGAAAUGCUUGUCAGCGGCAGCGACGACGGCUCAAUAGGCCUGUGGGACCCGAGAACGAAGACCGCAGUGGACCACAUCCAGACGGAGUUCCCGAUCACCGCUAUCGCCAUGUCCGAGGCCGGCAAUGAGGUUUACUCCGGAGGCAUCGACAACGAUAUCAAAGUCUGGGAUCUGCGCAAGAAAUCGGUGGUCUACUCCAUGCUGGGACACCAGGAUACUGUCACGUCACUCAGGGUGUCACCAGACUCACAGUCGCUUCUGUCGUUUGCGAUGGACUCCACAGUACGAACAUGGGACAUUCGCCCGUUCGCCCCCACUGAUAGGCACAUCAGAACGUUUGACGGCGCCUCCGUGGGACUCGAGAAAAAUCUUAUUCGCGCCAGCUGGGACUCGGAGGGCAAGAAGGUGGCUGUUGGUUCCGGCGACGGCACUGCCACUAUCUGGUCGAGCGAGACGGGCAAACUGAUGUAUAAGCUGCCUGGGCACAAGGGGACCGUCAACUGUGUUGAGUUUGCACCCGGCAAGGAGCCAAUUGUGCUGUCCGCGUCAUCUGAUCGCAACAUGCUUCUGGGAGAACUUCGCGGCUCCAAUGGCCCAGACUCGCGACCCAACUCGGGUCAACAACACCCCAACCGAGCAGCCACCGACCCGCUGCCCGAACCGCACAUGACGAGAGCCGCAGGACAGCAGCCUGCCUCCGUGGCUAUGCCACCGCCCGUUGCACAGAGCUCCCGAUCAGAAACGCGCGGUAGGACACGACGGUUUACUGGGCCAGAUCCAGCAGAGAUGCAUCUGGCGCAGAUGGCCCAGGAAGGGCGGCGGAGAAGACGGCGGAGACAGCGCGACCGACAGCAAGGGGAUGACGAGGGACACCCGAAAAGGUUCCUGCUCUGUCUUCCCUGGGUGAAGUCGCGGCGCAUGCGAUCGCAGAUUUUACGGUGCUUCAUCUCGGGCACCUUCCUAGCGCUCCUGCUGGCUGUUUACCUUGCACUGUCUCUCACACAGAACAUUCGCAGCAGCGAGUUCACUGUGCUCCUGAUACUCAUUAUUUUGUUCACCACGAUAUUUUUCUGUCACGGCUUGAUCCGGCUUUGCAUGCUCGUCAUUCGGCCACGCGCAGACGAAGAAGCUAGACCGCCAAUGCCACAACUGAUAGCCCCUGGCGGCUACGCGGUACCCAGAGAACCCAUUAGGGUAGUGCUGGCUCGCGACGAAGAGGACCAGGAUGAAAUCAGCGAGGCGGCCAAGGCCAAGCCGCCCGCCUAUGGUCUCUGGAGAGAAAGUGUGCGCGUGGACCCCAACCGGAUAUACUGGCAACGCAACCCGAACGCGGCAUCCGGCGACGGCCCCUCGAGCUCGGGACAUGGCAACAUCGGGCCACGGCCGCCGUCGUACGCAUCAGAGGACGGUGUGAGUUACGUCGUGGACGCCCGACCCCGGUCAAUGGCGCCGGGGGUGACCGAGGUCCCACUUCCGCCACAUUCCUCCGAAGUUGGACGGAUGAACGAGCGCCGAGCCCCAUUUUAA